AUGGAAAUUUUGGAGAAAGUGAAUGGUCAAUUAGCUGUUCUCUCUGCCCACUUGGCCGUAUCUGACCCCAUCGGAUCAGGACAGGUCUUGCCGGCAAUCGAGUCAUGGUGCACAUCGGCUCACACGACUUCUGCACCACAUCCACAUGGAUCCCUUAAGGGAAACUUGACGAUUCUCGAUGAACGAACGGGAAAGAAUUAUCAAGUCCAAGUCUCAGAGGAGGGUACCGUUAAAUCCGUUGAUCUCAAGAAGAUAACGACGGGGAAAGAUGACAAGGGGAUUAAGUUAUACGAUCCAGGUUAUUUCAACACGGCUCCUGUUCGAUCUUCCAUUUCUUACAUUGACGGAGAUGAAGGAAUCCUACGUUAUCGAGGAUAUCCAAUUGAAGAAUUGGCUGAGAGAAGUACUUUUAUUGAGGUUGCUUAUCUCCUUAUUUAUGGGAAUUUACCUUCUCAAAGUCAGCUAGCUGAUUGGGAGAUUUCNGUUUNUCAGCAUUCAAAAGUGCCACAAGGAGUAUUGGAUAUCAUUCAGUCCAUGCCUCAUGAUGCACAUCCAGCGAGUGUUAUUGUCAGCGCGAUGAGUACACUUUCCAUCUUUCAUCAUGAAGCAAAUCCUUCUCUCAAGGGCCACAAUAUGUACAAGUCAAAACAAGUUUGUGAUAAACAGAUUUUUCGUAUUCUUGGACAGGCACCAACAAUUGUAGUGGCUGCUUAUUUGAAGACGGUAGGCAAGCCUCAUGUUCUUCCUUUGAGCAACCUUUCUUAUAUAGAGAAUUUCCUCUAUAUGCUGGAUUCAAUGGGAAAUAGGUCUUACAAGCCGAAUCCUCGGCUAGCUCGAGUGUUGGACAUCAUCUUUAUAUUGCAUGCUGAACAUGAAAUGAACUGUUCUACUGCUGCUGCUCGGCAUCUUGCAUCUAGUGGUGUUGAUGUGUACACUGUCGUUGCGGGAGCUCUCGGAGCUCUUUACGGUCCACUUCAUAGUGGUGCAAUUGAGGCUGUGCCUAAGAUGUUAUCAGAGAUUGGGACUGUUGAAAACAUUCCAGAUUUCAUUGAAAGCGUGAAGAAUAGGAAGAGAAAGAUAUCAGGUUUUGGACACCGCGUUUACAGAAACUACGAUCCAAGAGCAAAACUCAUCACGAAAUUGGCGGAAGAAGUGUUCUCCAUUGUCGAAAAAGAUCCUCUGAUCGAGGUAGCAAUUGCUCUAGAGAAGGCAGCACUCUCUGACGAAUAUUUUGUUAAGAGAAAGAUUUACCCAAAUGUUGAUUUCUACACUGGAUUGAUCUAUAGGGCAAUGAAAAUCCCACGAGAGUUCGUCGCAGUUGCGCGUAUGGCUGGAUACUUGUCACACUGGUGUGAGUCGUUAAUUGAUCCUGACACUAGGAUCGUAAGACCCCAACAGGCUUAUAUUGGAGUGUGGCUAAGGCAUUACGAGUCAGUGAGAGAAUGA